UUGCUUAAUUAGCUGCUGCAACGUGAGCUGCUGCCAUGGACGAGCUGUUUCUCCUUUCGGUUCUUCUGGCGGCCGGAGCGGUGGCGCUGCUGCAGGUGCUGAAGGUUACCCUGAACCCGAUCAGCGAGAGGGCGCCGCCUGGGCCGUGGAAGCUUCCGGUGAUCGGCAGCAUGCACCACCUGGUGAACGUGCUGCCACACCAGGCACUGAAGAACCUCGCCGACGCGCACGGCCCGCUGAUGAUGCUGCAGCUGGGGCAAACGCCGCUGGUUGUGGCGUCGUCCAAGGAGACUGCACGGCUGGUGCUCAAGACCCACGACACCAACUUCGCCACACGGCCGAAGCUCCUGGCCGGCGGAAUCGUCGGCUACGAGUGGGCCGACAUCCUCUUCUCCCCCUCCGGCGACUACUGGCGCAAGCUCCGCCAGCUCUGCGCCGCCGAGAUCCUCAGCCCCAAGCGCGUGCUCUCCUUCCGCCACAUCAGGGAGGACGAGGUGGGGAUGCUGGUGGAGCAGAUCCCCGCGGCGGGGCCAUCGACGCCGGUGAACCUGAGCGUCAUGUUCCAUAGCACUACCAACAACAUCGUUGCGCGGGCGGCAUUCGGGAAGAAGAGAAAGAACGCGGCGGAGUUCAUGUCAGCCAUCAAAUCCGGCGUGGGCCUCGCGAGUGGCUUCAACAUCCCCGACCUAUUCCCCACAUGGACCACCGUACUUGCCACCAUCACCGGCAUGAAGCACAGCCUGCAGGGCAUCCACAAGACAGUGGAUGCCAUCCUGGAGGAGAUCAUCGACGAGAGGAACGUCGCCCGCGCCGACAAGAUCAAAGCCGGCGCCACCGAGAACGUGGACGAGAACCUCACCGACGUGCUCAUCGGGUUGCAAGGGAAAGGCGGCUUUGGUUUCCACCUGGACAAUAGCAAGAUCAAGGCCAUCAUCCUAGACAUGUUCGCGGGCGGAACGGGGACGUCGGCGUCAGCGAUGGAGUGGGGGAUGUCAGAGCUAAUGCGGAACCCAACGGUGAUGGCGAAGCUUCAAGGGCAUAUCCGUGAGGCGUUCAAGGGUAAGCCCGUGGUGACGGAGGCCGAACUGCAGGCGAGCGACCUCCGGUACCUGAAAAUGGUGAUCAAGGAGGCGCUUCGGUUGCACCCGCCAGCGCCGCUGCUAGUGCCCCGGGAGAGCAUCGACGUGUGCGAGCUGGAAGGGUACACGAUCCCGGCCAAGUCACGCGUCGUCAUCAACGCAUGGGCCAUUGGACGGGACCCGAGGUACUGGGAUGCCGCUGAGGAGUUCCAGCCGGAGCGGUUCGAGGACGGCACCGUGGAUUUCACAGGCAACAGCUAUGAGUUUCUCCCGUUUGGCGCUGGCCGCAGGAUGUGCCCCGGGUUCAAUUACGGGCUGGCCAGCAUGGAGCUCGCCCUCGUCAGCCUGCUCUACCACUUCGAGUGGUCGCUGCCGGAGGGUGUCGCUGAGGUGGACAUGGAGGAGGCCCCCGGCCUCGGCGUGCGCCGCCUCAUGCCUCUGGUUCUCCUGGCCACGCCCUUCGUCCCCGUCGUCGCGUAGGCAACAUAUGUUUUGAUGGCACACCUACUUGUGACGUGUCUGUCUCUACCUUUAGUAUUUGUGCGCUGCAGUAACGGUAAGGCAUGUCUCCUAAGUGUGUUCCCCGCGUGCCUGCUCGCGUGUAUGUAUGAUAAAACACGUUGUUUGCAUUGAUAAUAUAAAGUGUGUACUUCUUAUAUUUUGGCAAACUAAAAUAUUGGAUUGCCAAAAUGUUUUAUAUUAGUGAAUAGAGGAAGUAAUGGUUGUGUGAUGUACAAAUGUAUAAGCACAAUGUAAUA